GUGUCCCCCAAAAGGGAAAAUAUUUCAUUAGCCUGCUUUAAAGAAGCAUUCACCAGGACAUCAAAGAAUGAGAGGUGAGGAAAGACUGAAUUUCAAAGAGACAUAAAUAUGGGAGGGGGCGCUGACAGGAAGGAAAAAGGGAGAAAGGAAACGCUUUUUCAGUCAGCAUGUUGAGGAGGGCGAAUGUCUGGACUGAAAAAAAGUGUUUGAGCGGCAGAGAUGAGGAAGAGAGAGGUAACGGGAGAGGAUAGAGGGGCGGCAUAGUAGCACAUCCGUGCGUAAAUGUGACCAACCUCACCGUGGUCCCUCCAUCCCCUCCGUCCUCACCCCCCUUGCCUGCCUCCAGCGGCUCCGUCUCUCCGCCUCUGCAAGCCGGGAUCACCCGCGCGGUGCUCGGCGGCCAAGCUUGGAUCGUGGAGUCCCGGCUGUCUCGGCUCGGCGCCCUCCUGCAGGGCUUAGGAGGAGCGCAGGGGAACUCCUUCAGAUUUCUGCCGGGCUUAGUGACCACCGCCGCGGACAGCCAUGGCUCGGAGCGCCGGGAGAGACGCGGCUCGACGCGCUCUCGGAUGCCGGUGAUGCGGGGUCUGAUUGCGCCUCAAAAUACCUUUCUGGAUACCAUCGCCACUCGGUUCGAUGGGACCCAUAGUAACUUCGUUCUGGGAAAUGCACAGGUUCAGUCUGUCUACCCCAUAGUCUACUGCUCCGAUGGUUUCUGCGAGCUGACCGGCUUUGCCCGCGGGGAGCUGAUGCAGAAGAGCUGCAUGUGUCAAUUCCUGUACGGCGGCGAGACCAGUGACCGCAUCACCUCACAGAUGCAAAAGGCUCUGGAUGAGCGCCGGGAGUUCAAGACUGAGAUUGUUCUGUACAAGAAGAGCGGCUCCAGGUUCUGGUGUCUGUUGGACAUAGUUCCAAUCAAGAAUGAGAAGAGCGAGGUGGUUCUUUUCCUGGUGUCGCAUAAAGAUAUCACCGAAAAUAAGGACCUGGACCAUGGCAAUGAUUCUGACACCGAUGAGGAAAUGGGCCUAGAGAUCCGUCAAGUCAAUCGCCCCCCAGGGUGCAACAUGGAGCGCCGGCGCAGUCGGGCCGUGCUCUACCAGCUCUCUGGACAUCUACAGAAACAGGACAAGACCAAGCUGAAAAUUAACAAUAGUGUUCUUGGAGCCAAUGCUAACCCAAUUCCAGAGUAUAAGGUGGCUGACGUCCAAACGUCCCGCUUCAUUCUCCUUCACUAUGGUGCAUUCAAGGCCGGCUGGGAUUGGCUCAUCCUUCUGGCCACCUUCUAUGUAGCCAUCACUGUUCCCUACAAUGUCUGCUUUACCGCUGUGGAGAUGCGAGAGGACGGUGUCUCCGCAGCCAGGAACCCUCCAAGUGUCAGCGACAUCUUGGUGGAGAUACUUUUCAUCAUUGAUAUUGUCCUAAACUUCAGAACAACCUACGUUAGCACGUCCGGUCAGGUCGUGUACGAUGCUCGGUCCAUAUGCAUUCACUACGUCACCUCCUGGCUGUUUGUGGACCUGAUCGCAGCCUUGCCCUUUGACCUUCUCUACGCCUUCAAUAUCAGUGUGAACUUUGGGGUUCACCUGCUGAAGACGGUGCGUCUCCUUCGGCUUCUUCGCCUCCUGCAGAAGCUAGACCGUUACUCUCAGUACAGCGCUGUGGUCCUCACACUGCUCAUGUCAACAUUCGCCCUCUUGGCUCAUUGGAUGGCCUGUGUCUGGUAUUUCAUUGGGCGCAGCGAGAUUGAGAUCAAUAACCCCGCCUCCUGGGACAUAGGCUGGCUCCAUGAACUGGCCAAACGUUUGGGAACUCCAUACUUCAUGACUCCUCUCACCUCCCUACUGGGAGUCUCGGAUUCCCAUCACAGUGCUGUGACAGCCACCAACUCCAGCCACUGGAACACUCCAGGGUUGGAGGCGCUGAAUGGGACAGGAGUGGUGGGUCCAGCCCUGUGGAAUGGCACCAGGACUAGACUAAAGAUGCUAAAUGGGUCGGGGAUGACGUUAAGCGGGGGGCCGUCUGUCAGGAGCUCCUAUGUGACAUCGCUGUACUUCGCUCUAAGCAGUCUCACCAGCGUGGGCUUCGGCAACGUCUCGGCCAACACAGACUCAGAGAAGAUCUUCUCCAUUUGUACCAUGCUGAUUGGAGCCUUAAUGCAUGCUGUGGUUUUUGGGAAUGUGACCGCCAUCAUUCAGAGGAUGUAUUCCCGCCGCUCUCUCUACCACACCCGCACCAAGGACCUGAAGGACUUCAUCCGUGUGCAUCGGCUGCCAAAAGCCCUGGAGCAGCGCAUGAUGGAGUGCUUCCAGACGACGUGGUCCGUCAACAAUGGCAUCGACGUCAGCGAGCUGUUGAAGGACUUCCCAGAUGAGCUAAGAGCUGACAUAGCUAUGCACUUGAAUAAAGAGCUGUUGCAGCUGCCGCUGUUUGAAUCGGCCAGCAGGGGUUGUCUCCGUUCCCUUUCCCUCAUCAUCAAGACCUCCUUCUGUGCUCCUGGAGAGUUCCUUAUCCGCCAGGGCGACGCUCUUCAGGCGAUAUACUUUGUCUGCUCAGGAUCUAUGGAGGUUCUGAAGGAUAACACGGUUCUGGCCAUUCUGGGUCGGGGUGACCUGAUCGGCUCUGACUGCCUCACCCAGGAGGAAGUGAUUAAGACCAACGCCUGCGUGAAGGCCCUCACCUACUGCGACCUGCAGUACAUCAGUCUCAAAGGGCUCCGCGAGGUGCUUUGCCUCUACUCUGACUACACCCAAAAAUUCAUCACAGAGAUCCAGCACGAUCUGACGUACAACCUGCGAGAAGGACAUAGUACUGAGGCAGACUAUGAGAGCAACGGAGGCCUAGUGAAGAAACUUUCCUCCAUCAAGGAGGACGAAGAGGGCUCAGGAUCUGAGGGAGAAAAAUCUCCUCUCCCCAAGAUGUCUUCCCUGGGGAGGUUGGGCCGAGGUCUGCGCUCUCCUCUGCGCUCCCCACUACGGUCCCCGCUGCUGCCGCCGAGACCUUUCAGACCGAUGAGUGAGCCCCCUCGACCCUCAAGCCUGCAGAUACCUGUGGUGAGCUUCAGCUGCCUGCAGCCGGACCUCAGCCCUCGGUUUGUGGAUGGGAUUGAGGCUGAAAACCAGACCACCUCGGCUCAGAGGUUUGAUUUUUCUCUCAGAGCGACACAAAGUUUUCUGCGCAGCCCUGAUUCAGCCACUCCAGGAGCCCGGGGUGGAGAUGACACCAUGCAGACUAUUGAAAAGCUCAAACAUGAGAUGUGCGUCCUCUCCCGCCAGGUAACAGCUGUGAGUCAGGAGCUGCAGGAAAUGACCCGCCUCCUCAAACCUCUCUUUCACAAUUCCUCCACGCUGCUGAUGCCCUGCACUGUGACUCCACCUCCCAGCGUGUCCCCUCGCUGCUGCUCACCAGGCCCUACGACUUUAACCCAACAAACACCUGUGGAUUCUCCGGACAGACGAAACGCUCCCUCCGUCUUGGUCCCUGACCUGCGCUCACCUCAGCUGAGCACAAGCGAGGCAUUUCAGGGGCAGUUUGAUCCCCUCCAUUGCUCCCUAACCAUCUCUCCUCCUCUCAAUCCUCCUGUCUGCCAGCAGAUCAGUCCCACUCCCCCACUCUCUCGUCGCUCAGCUCCCCCUUCACUCAGCAGCUCUCCUCAUGAGCACACAGCUGUGUCACACCCCUGCCUUUCAUCCUCCAUCCCUUCCCUCUCUUCAUUAGGACACACAUCGUUCAUCACUCCCCUCCUGGUAGAUCUAUUAGAACCUGGCACAGAGCCACAGAUGCAGGCCCAGUCCUUCUAUCCAGCAUCAACCCACUCCUAUCCGCACUCACACAUCCAGCCCUUUCUCCAAACCUCUAGCAUGGCAACAAACUCCCAAAUGCCCCUGCUGAACCUGCAGGAAGUGCAGCUCAACUUCGUCAAUGAGGGAUGUCCGUCACCGUAAACGGACUUUAUUCGUAUCUGAACCGACGGAGGAAACCAGCAAGCAAAACGACUAACUGCAUGAUGAACAAUCUGCCCAACGUUUGGCAUGUUACCGUGUAAAUAUGAUGUUUUUAACCUGUUCUCAUGAGCACUCUCUAUAAAAUGUGAUAUUAAACUUGCUAAACAGUUUUAUUUAAUCUGUUUUCUAAAAACGUUCAGCAACAAAUUGCAACAAUAUUAACUUUACAUACAGUCCUCUUUGGCACGGAUCUCGUUAAUUUGGGGCUUAUAAUGAUUUAGUUGAACUAUUUUUUUUUUCUCCAAAAUGGGAUGAUUAUACCAGAAAGAACAGCAGAUUUUAGGCUUAGUAUUUUGUGGAAUUUCUUUUAGUCAAAACUAUUAAUUUAGGUUAAAACAUAAAUUUAGGUUCCCUAAAUGCCAGAAUAAUCAGAAAGUGGCUUCACCAGAAGAAAAUUAAAACUAAGGUCCAAAACUAAAUAAAACUGAACAUCUGAUAGAUUCAGUAAAGUUUGAAGGGUAGAGAAGGCCAGCAUCAACAUUUAGCAUGCUAAUAGAGUCCUACCAAAGAUGACUGAAUGCUCAAAUUGAUUCAAAAGGAGCUUCAAAAUUAGUUUAAGGGUGUGCAGACCAAUGCAAACAGGUGAAUGCAUCUUUUUAUUUUGAAGAUUUUCUUUUGGAACCGAUUUCUUUGUUUUUCAGUUGAAUUGUACAGGAAAUGUGUUACAUUAAAGGUGGAAAAAGCUUUGG